AUGGCAGUUUCCAAAGGAAUGAAAAAGCUGAAAUUCAGCCAGGAGCUGGUUUCCACUGUAAAAGAUCCUAUUGGUUCGAAGGAUCUUGUUACGCGGUUACAGUCUCUGUACACAGAGCUGGCCGCGGCCUCUCCAAAUACGUUAGACGUGAACACGUGUGAUGUUAUCAAAACUAAGAUUCUGGACAGAAAGCUUCUGAAAAACGCCAACCUUGCUGUUCAAGCUUACACGGCAUGCUGUUUGGCUGAUAUCUUGAGGCUUUACGCGCCAGAUGCCCCUUACAACGCCCCACAACUUACUGAAAUAUUCAAAUUUAUCAUUUCGCAACUCAAGCACUUGAAUGAUGCAGCUUUCCGAGAUCUCUAUGUCCAAUUGCUGGAGAAAUUGGUGGAAUCAAAGUCCAUUGUAUUGAUUACAGACCUGCCUUCUUCCGAUAAACUCAUCGAGGCAUUAUUUGUUGUGUGCUACGACUUAUCAGCGAAUGGACUCAGCGACCAAUUAGAGCCUCUGGUGAGCUCUAUGCUUUCGGAGGUGAUCUCUGAGUCUGAAGACAUACCCACGAAAGUACUCAAGCUGAUAAUGAAUAAGUUUUUGGCCAACGCAGUUACUCAUAUGAAGAACCAGACCUCGCUGAAUAUAGUUGCGAGCACAGUGAUUCCUGGAUUCACCUUUUCGCUGGCUAUUUGUCAGUCAAACGUUGACAGAUUGUCAAGACACAUCACCAAGUUUGUGUCUGACGUGGUCUACGAGUCCAUAAAGGGCAAGGAAAACGAGUAUGGUGACAGCGAUGACGAGGAUGAGGAUGAAAACGGCAAAAGGACCAACAAAUUUGGUUCCUCGGGAUCCUCAGACUCUCACGACCAACUCAAGAAGAUUCACACUUUGCUCGUUGAGCUCUGGAGAUACGUUCCAGACAUUCUCAGUUCUGUGAUGGGUCUCAUUGAUAACGAAUUGGAAGCAGACGACGAAAGUGUCCGUAUACUAGCGACAGAGACAGUGGGCAAGAUGAUCUCUCUGCAUCCAAAUAAUGCGGAUGUUCAGAACGAAACUUUGAUAAACUGGAGGCGAAAGGCUCUGGAUGUAUCGCCCGUCGUGAGAUCAACAUGGGCCAAAUCUGCAGUGGGUAUCAUUUUGGACGGAGUUGAUUCGUCACAAGAGAUCACCAACGGUCUGACAAAGUCUCUUCUUGAUAGUGAUGAAAGAGUCCGGUUGGUAGCGAGCAAAGGACUAUCGUCCAUUCCCCCAGAUGUUUUCGUGAAGUCAGUUGCCAAUGAGACUCUGAUGUCUACUCUUGGUCAAUUGGUGAGAGAAAAACACCCAGAAAUCAGAGACGAGAUCAUAAAGGUACUUGGAGGGUUGUACUCGCACUCUUUUGAUGAUCUUUAUAAGGGUGACUCCAAGCUGGAUGCUACUAUUGGUUGGAUUCCCGAGAGCAUUCUGAACUUGGUUUACAUUAACGACAAAGCUGUGAAUUUUGCAGUUGACAUAUGCUUAUUUGAAGACAUUAUUCCAAUGGAGAACAACCCGGAGAACAGAGUGGUAAGGAUGCUAUCUGUGGUGGAACAUCUCAGCGACAGAGCUAAGUCCUCAUUCUUUGCUGUGAUAAAAAGACAGAAACAGUUGUCUGAUACUGUUCAGCAACUGCUCAUGUUUAUCGACAUGAAAGAGGAAGGUGUUUCAGACAAAAUUGAGAAAACCAUCACCUGGCUCGCAGCCGCAUUUCCAGACCGACAAGUUGCUGCGAACUGUUUGAAUCAGUUUAUUGAAUUGAAAAACAGACGAUUUUUCAGACUGCUGUCCAUGAUUACCUCUCCUGACUAUGAUUAUGAUUCUUUUAGAAACUCCACCAAGGAACUUCUCACCAAACUAAGCGAUCCGAAGAAUAUUAAGAUAGUGGGUCCCUCCUCUGUUAACGUGUCUGCUCAGAACAUGGUCAAAACGAUGAAGCUUCUCAUCUACAGAGCAGGGUUUUUUCUUUCCAAUAAGUCGAAUGUUGGUGUCAUGACCAGGAUCGCUAAAGAGAGCCAGAACAGCCAGAAACAAUCUGCCCAGGCUUUCUUGAAGCAGUUGUCCAGUAUUCUGCCUGAGGUCAUUCAAGCUCACAUCAGCGAAAUGUCUGAUUUCGUUAGUCAAUUCUCAGCUAGUGAAAUUGCAAAAUGGGAAGACAGAGAGUCUCUAGCACCGACUUUGAAAAUCAUGUACAAUGCUACAAAGAAUAUCAAGACCUCUUCCCUGGGCUCGAGUGUUACUGCUUUGAAGGAGAUUUGUGCUAACGGAACACCACACGAGGCCAAAUACGCAGUGAAGAUAUUGGCGAAAGUGAGACCUAUUCGGGAGCUCGAGCAUGUGUUGGAUACAAUUUGGCCUUUAGACACAUAUGAGAAGACCUUCCCUACUCAUUUGUCUACAAUAUCUGAGGUGGUCUUGGCAUAUCCUGACUGCAUAGAGGAUAGGGCUAGUGAGCUUACAAAUUUGUUGAUCAAAGAGAUUCUUCUGAAGAAUGGAAAGGUUGGUGAGGAAGGCGAAUCGGACGAGAAUAGCUGGGUGAGCGAUGAAGAGCUGGAAAAUGGAAACCAACCAUACCUUCAAGCAAAGCUCAUGGCACUGAAAGUGUUUGUCAACAGGUUAAGAUCGCUGAAGGACGAUGAGGAGAAGCUGAAGGUGGUUGCUGAACCUGUUUUCAGAAUGCUGUUCACGUUUGUGAACAAUGCGGGUGAGAUUGUGUCGCAAAAAUCGCCAACCUGGCCCACGCCUGUUUCAUACCAAGUUAGACUAAGACUGGCGGCAGGAUUGGGAUUGUUGAAGCUUGCGAAGACACAUCGUUAUGGCAAUAUGAUCAAACCGCAAACGUUGAGCGCGCUGGCUUAUCUGAUUGAAGAUCAUAACAGCCAUGUCACGAAGGCUUUCCUACAGAAGCUACGACAGUACUUGAAUGGUAACCUCAUUCCUGAAAAAUUUCUUACUCUGGUUUUCUUCACUGCAUAUGAGCCAGAUGAAGCCUCAAAGAAGGAAAUGAUGACCUGGGUUCGUGCCACUAUGAAUAGACGAGUUAGCCACAACGAUACUGUCUUCGAAAGGACCUUUGUUCGGUUACUUCAUAUGGUUGCACAUCACAAUGAGUUCCUGGAUCUUCUCGAGUUAGCAGAAACUCCUGGCGAUGAGCAGGCGAACCAUUUACUCCAAGGAUGUGCUCUUGCCUUAGAGUACAUCGUUUACUUUCUUGAUCUAGUUGCUUCUCCCAACAACUGCUCUCUAUUGUACUAUCUUGCUACCCGGAUAAAGCAAUACAGAGAUGGCCUGGUUGACCAGGAAGCAUACGAGACUGAAACGUUGACUGUUCAUGCUAAGGCGAUAUAUAUGCUCUCAGACCUUUCACAGUUGGUCAUUAGGGAAUAUUCACUCAACAGAUCGAUUGUGUUGCAAACGUGGCCUGGAUCAUAUCAGUUGCCUGCUGAUUUGUUCUUGCCUAUGAAGUCAACCGAGGAGGCAAGAUCGAUUGCUUCAUACUCGUUUCUGACUGACACCAUCAUCAAGAGAUUGUCUGCAACCAUAAAAGCAAAAACCUCACUCCACAGUUCGACUAAGAAGAGAACCGAGAAACGGAUUAUGGGUCCUCCUGCAAAGGUAGCCAAAACAACCCAGACUCCAGUGACUAGAAAAUCAGAUCCCAGGCCGCAAGAGCUUAGCAAGCAAGUUGAGUCCCCGGUGCCAAGUGCCGAGUCCAUUCUGGCGACUUCCUCUCCUCUCAAAAAGACACCAGACAAGGAGCCGAAGAAGAGACAGGCUAAGCCCAAGGCUUCGACCAAGGCAAAGAAGACGAAGUCAGUCGCCGAGCCAACCAGGAGAAGCUCCAGAGCCACGAAGAAGGUGAACUAUGCUGGAUCGGGAGACGAAUCGGAAGAUGUGUCUGAUGAAGACGACGAUGAAGCUGAAGUCGAAAACUGA